CAGGCGCCAGAGAUCUGACCAGUGCUGGUUGUGUGAAGAAGACCUAACUCCAAGAACACUGGACACAGAGUCUGCAGCUCUUGCUGUAUCUUGGCAUGGGAUCAUAAAACUUUACUGAAGGAGCCUAAAUUGAAACAGUCAUCCAACGCUGAGAAUUUUACACAACCUCCUUAAUGAGAUAACAUAGAAGAACAGGAGCUGCUGAUUAUAAUCCUCUGCAUUACGAAACAAAAUUUAACCGAGGAACAAAAAGCCAGGCGUUCUGAGCUGAAGACAGUCUUUUUGAAUUGUUCAAAGAAAGUUGAAAGUCCUAUGACUCUUAUUGUGACUCUUCUCUGGCUCAACCUCGCUUAAGUAUUCCCCAGAGUAGUGGUGCUGUUGCAAAAUGAAGACUGAAGUGGAUCCGCUCAAAAUGAUGGACCUGAGCUUUCUGUCCCUGGAGGAACAGCGGGCAAUUCAGCAGGUUCUUAAAAGAGAUGCUGAGCUGAAGGCACUCGAGGAAAGACGUAUUCGCAAACUGAAAAAGUCCAUCUUUGAUCCCAAUAAAUUGAAGGUACUGACAGGCGAAUGGUUCAAUGAAGCAAAAUCUAAGCGCUAUGGAGAAUUUAGCAGCGGCAUCGAAAUCAUAAAGAAUUCCUUUAACUGGAAAAAGAAGACAUCUGUUGAUCAGGAAACUCCAGUACAAAUCCAAAAGGAAGCAGAAGCACUUGUCAAUUUGAGCCCGAGAAAUCUAAAUCUUUCUGCACCCCUUGAAAGCACGCCACCUACAAGCCAAGAUCUUAAACAGAAGGAGAGGCAGUUCACGGACUUGAAUUUGGAACCAAAGGCAGAAGUGAAGCAAUCUCUCCCAAACGUUCAGGCAACUCCAAACAGAGAAAAAGAGAAACCUGACGCCAAGACGAAUGAAGAAGGCGAUAACCUGAUAUCUGCAAUGAAUCCAUAUUCCAAUUAUGAAGUGAGUCCAAAGAUGUUCCCAUCAAUGCAAAAAAACUUUCCACAAGAUGAUCUGUUCUUUCCUACAAAACAUUUCACUGCUCUGGAUGGAAGUGUUAUGCCAAUUGUUUCUCCAGAGGAAUCAAAAAAUCCUUUUGUGCCUUUGGUGCCUGAGCAAGUAAAGUCUGUUAAACAUAGCCCAACAUCAACAGAUCGUAAUCAUGUUUCAAAGGGAUCAGCCCCCGAUUUAGUAAACCUACAAGAAUUCGAAGAGAAGAGUGGCCAGGCUAAAACAUCAUCCCUGUCAAUGGAAGACAAUCUGUUUGAUCCAAAGGAAAAAGACCUUAUACCCCAUGCUGAUAGUAAUCAGAAACAGGCAGUCUCAAGGCAGUUGUUGGUGUCAGAAAUUCUGAAGGAUUUCCACGUGCCAAAGGAAGAGAGCCCUGAACCUAUCAUGGAAAAUUCUCCGAAAGAGAGUGUUGCAAUCAAAUCUCCAGAGCUAGAUGAUUUGUUUUCCUCAAAAUCUUCAGAUUUAAAACCAGAAACUUUGGCAGAAGCAUCCAAGAAAUCCAGUAAGCUAACAGUGGAAGAUCAACAAAGGGAUGAAAAUAUGAACCCAAGUCUAGAUUUAAUCAGUAAUGUAACCAACCCAAUCAAGAAAUCGGGAAACAAUUACCAAAGCUUGCCAAACUUAGCUUCGGGGAGAGCAGAAAGCGAGCUAUCAAAAAGAAAAGGUAUUUUAAAGCGUAGUCCUAGUACCAGCUCCACGGAGUCUGAAAGCCGUUAUAGGUGGGCUCCAAAUUGGUCAGCUGAAGAUUUGGGAGCACUGCCACAACAAACAGAUGAUUCCAAUGGCUUCACAAAGAUGGAUGCGCCUGGCAAACAAGUGAGGUUUUCUAACAAAGUUAAAACCAAAUCUCUGGAUAACAUGCUGGGAGGAAGGAAGCCUGGUGCAACCAAGACCUCUUCGUUGAGGAGAAGUGAAGAACCCACCAUGCCAAAUGAAGACAACAUGGAUGGCAACAGAGGAAAGAGUAUCCCUGCUUCACUCUCUCCUGACUCAACUCAAAACAGUGACCCUGAGCAAGACAAAAGCAGUUAUUUGAAAGACAAAACAACACCUGGAGAUGAACCUCCCGCUUCACAGGGACCACAGAACAAAGACCAAGGACCGAAUGAUGAUCGUUCAAACCUCAAGGCCAAAGGAAGUGAAUCUCCUAUAUCACAAACUGCCAGUAAAGCAGCAAUUCAUUCUCUUCUACAGCCUGAGCCGCAAAGAGAGGAUCCUUAUUAUGAUUAUGAUACUGAAACAUCUGAAUCCAGCUUUGGAUCAGAUAUCCUGAAAAAAAACAGUGUGCACAUUCCUACAAAUUUGAGUGACUCCAAGCUGAGCGGUAGUUUCUUGAGCCUAUACAGUGAUGCUGGGGAUUUUGGAAAUGUCCUAAUCCAGGGAGCUAUCCAGUUCAAGUUGCAAUAUGAAGAAGCAAAAAAUGAGUUCCAGAUCCAAGUGGCACAGUGCCGAGGGUUGUCCAUUGCUAAUAUAAAAAAGAGUACCUCUGAUCCGUAUGUGAAGACUUACCUUCUUCCUGACCGAACACAACCGAGCAAGAGGAAGACAUCUGUCAACAAAGGCACAUUGAACCCUGUGUUUGAUGAAAUUCUCAGAUACAACAUAAACAAACAAGAACUUUUCAAACGAACACUGAAUGUCUCUGUGUGGCACAACGAUUCUCUUGGUCGAAAUGUGUACCUUGGAGAAACUGAAGUUGACAUGAAGAAUUGGGACUGGAAGAACAGUGAGCUGGAGUGGUAUGAUUUGCAAUCCAAGACACCUGACAUCUCUGAAGCAGUUGUCAAUAAAGGCCAUUUCCGCGUAGCACUCAAAUAUGUACCAGCAAAAUCAUUAGAUGGAAAUAAACCAGACUCAGGAGAAAUUCACAUAUGGUUGAAAGCAGCAAUGGAAUUAUAUCCUAUAAAACCCGGUGGUGUAGACUCGUUUGUGAGAUGUUAUAUUUUACCAGAUACCAGUAAGAGGAGCUGUCAGAAGACCCAAGUGCUAAAGAAAACGUUCAAUCCCAUCUAUAACCACACCAUGGUGUAUGAUGGCUUCAAGAUGAAUGAAAUCAUGGAGGCUUGUGUGGAACUGUCGAUCUGGCAUCAUGAAUUAUUUUCAAACCAGUUUCUUGGGGGAAUUCGCCUUGGUGUUGGUACAGGGUUCAGCUACAAUCGACGUGCAGACUGGAUGGACUCAAAUGAAGAAGAAAUAGCUCUCUGGAACAAGAUGUUAUACACACCUACUAAAUGGGUGGAAGCGGACCUGCCUCUCAGGGCUACUAUGACAAAAAGGAAAUGAUGGGAUUCUUCAGCUUCUGUAUCCUACUUCCUUCCCUAGCCAUCAGUAGGGGCUUCCAUAUCGUCUGCUAUCUGACACGUAUAAUGCUUUCUGUAUUUUUUGCGGGGGUGGUUUGAGGGGUGAUGGGUUGUUUACACAGUACAAAGAAAUCCUAGUCAAAGAAGAAGAUCAGAGAGAGACAUAAGAAGCAUUGGAGGUUUAAGAUUGAAGGCUCACAUUGGGAGGAUGUCCCAGUGCCUUGGGACGCCUUCCCAACGUGAAAGGCACUAUAGAAAUGUAAUUUUGUAUGUGUGGUAAGAUGGCAAAACUGUCUGUGGUGACAAUUAAGAAACUGAUACGUGUAUGCUUGGCUCUGAAGUGUAUAUACAGCAUAUGUUAGUGAAACAAAAUUUACAUGAUUUGAAAAAAUGA